AUGGCCGAUCCACCAAGUGGCCGAUCCACCAACUCCGAAAAACCCGUGUGGAUCUAUGUAAUCUUCCGAAAAAAUCACUGCUCUGGACAUGAAAAGAUGACAGUGAACUUGUCGGUUGAUGGACCAGUGUUCUGGACGAGACAAGUUGCCUACAUCUAUCUCUGCUCAUGUCAUUUUGAUGAACAUGAGGGACCAUUGAUGGCGUUGAUGAAGAAAUUCGAGGAGCGCGUUGAGAGAAUAUGUAUGGUGGAUCGGCCGGUCGAUUUUUCGUUCUUGCCCGAUAGCAUCUUUCGCUAUAUGGCUUUAUGCAUGCCAAGAUUACAGUUCAUCUACAUGCGCGAGCUCGACCUCGAGAAGAUCAAUCGAGGCACAGUCGUUGAAUUUGCUUCUCAUAAAAAUUUGAAAAAGCUUAUUGUGCACAUGUGUCGAAACUAUGACGUCUUGGAGGAUUUCAGCCAACUUCCACAAUUGCUUGUUGUCAAGGGCGAGAUCAUGGGGCUCAAGGCAAUGCUUGGCAACUUUGAUGAUGAAAUCACUGAAGUCUCUCCAGGCUCAGAUGGAACCAAAUCCGAAUCAACUUCCCAAUCCGAAGCAAGCUCUGAGAAGGGAUCGGAAAAAGGAUCCGAACUUGAUCUCUCCGAGAUGAGAACCGCUCUCGAAGUGGCUGAUGGGCAA